AUGCCUGUGUGGGAGACGGCGGCUGGCAGUUUAGCUCCGGCCUCCACACAGUUUCUGAGUGACAGCCAGAGGCGCCAGUUCUCCGUCACGUAUGGCCCGCCGACACCAGCCGAAAAUGUCGAAGAGACAGAGGACAUCUGCAUAGCGCAGCUCCGAAAGCAUGUGGACCAUCUGCGCCCGGGCGUCUACGGAAUUCGAUUCUCAGAACCCGACGGGCCCGUCACGAUAUCCACGCCCGCCCGGGACGAUGUCAAGGGGGUAAUCUUCACGUUGUACGAGAUCAUCACCCCUGGACGAGCAUUUCCGGGAGAUGUCAAGCUUGAUAGCGAUAUCGAAGCAUUUCGGGCGGUCUUGGAUGCUUGGGUCAAGAAACGGCGGCGGAUGAUGGAGUACCAACCUGCGGAGAGCUGGAUCCGCUGGCCAUUCAUGCGCGAGCCGCCACCCGCAAGAGUGCCAAGAUUCGUUCCAGACGGUGAAAUCACAAAAAUAGAGACGGAAAACUCGACGAUUAGAGUUCGACAGCAUCUGGUGCGCAUGGGCGAGCCUUUUUGGAAAUGGGAGAGGCCAGCGAGCUACCAGACGGCCGAAGCCCCUGGCAAUGGAUAUACCUGCCACUGCCAGGAUGACAGCGAGGAGGGACUGGCCAAGAAACGAGAGGAGCCCUCCAGGAAACAGGAAGGGCUCCUCAGGAAGCAGAGGGGUCAGGCCAAGGAAUGA